AGAAAAAACUGUUCGCUCAAACAGGUGGAAAGGGAUCGGUGGGGGCUCGAUCUCAUACAGGGAUGCCGGUGAGGCGGCGACGCAGGCGGUCUACGAUGGGAUCCAGUGUCCGCUGGUCUUCCCAGUGGAUCGAGCCGAGGCGCUCAAGGCGAUCCAGCGGCGCCCGGCCUUCUCAGUGGAUCCAGCCGAGGCGCGCCAGGGAAUCAUCCUUGGGUUUGGAGUUGGUGACCGAGGAGGAGGCGGCACCGGCGAUGGCGAGCAAGCCGUGCACGAGGCCACGGCGACUCCACAAAGUCUGCUCCGCUCUCCCCGACCCUCGACGGCGUGCUCUCCGACCUCCACUCCCUCCUUCUCUCCACGCUCGCCGCGUCGCUGCCCUCCCCGUCACCAUGGCGACGAUGUUCUAAAGACUCGAGGUCAUUGACCCUCAUCAAGGCAUCUAAGAUGGAGCGACCUGUUAAUGUCGUGGACACAUAUUUUCUAUUUGAUCAUGUAUGCUCCUGUAGCCAUGUUCUUAAGUUGUUUUAUGUAGUCCUACAUACAAUUGAACUCAGAACACAUGGUCAUGCCUCUGCUAAAGUUACUUGGAACUUUUACAUGCUAAGACCAUAUCCUCCUCAUGUGUAAUUUUCUUGAAAUGACAAGCCCUUAUGCCGGUGCAUUUUGCAAUGUGCCUUCUGAUUAAUGUGUCGAA